UUGUAUACUUUCCGAAAUCUGGGAUGGGAGGGACCCACACCAACGCAACCCGCCACAAACCCACACGACUACUAGGAAGGCCAAAAUUUCAGUGGAGAGGUGGUGAGAGUUGUGUGGCUUGCUUUGCUUUUGCUUUUUCUUGCUUGUUUCGCCGCUAGCAAGCUCGCAGCCAUGCCCUCGCUUCACCAUUCCUCGCCUUCAAUCAAAACCUUAUCCGAUACCCAAAUGACGAUGGUGAUCACUCACCAUUUACCCAUCUUCUCUACCUGUUUUGUGCUUUCUCUGCUAUCAACCGCACUUUCUACCCACCUCUAUUCUGGUGUUGAAGAUACACAAGGCAUCAGUAAUGAUUGGUUUCCGGAAAUUUUAAGGGUUGAGGCAGUGGCGAGACUUACUGAGCUUGGAAAGGUAAGUGAUGCUGAUGGCUAUCUUGAGAGGACAUACUUGAGCCCAGCUUCAAUCAGAGCAGGAAGUCUUAUUCGCGGCUGGAUGGAGGAAGCUGGUUUGAGAACGUGGGUGGACCAAAUGGGAAACAUUCAUGGUCGUGUUGAAGGGAUGAAUGCGAGCUCCAAAGCUCUGUUAAUCGGCUCUCAUUUGGAUACUGUAAUUGAUGCGGGGAUGUUUGAUGGUGCGCUCGGUAUAAUUUCUGCAUUAUCUGCAAUGAAGGUUUUGAAUGUCAAUGGGCAGUUAGGAAAACUAAAGCGGCCAGUUGAGAUGAUUGCAUUUAGUGACGAAGAGGGAGUUAGAUUUCAAUCCACCUUUUUAGGAAGUGCUGCUCUUGCUGGUGUUUUACCGGUUUCAGCAUUACAGAUACAGGACAAAAGUGGUGUAACAUUGCAAAAUCUUCUAAAGGAGAAUUAUAUAGAAAUUUCGGAGGAAAGCUUCUUUCAGCUCAAGUAUAAUUCAGAGUCUGUUUGGGGUUAUAUUGAGGUUCACAUUGAACAAGGACCUGUGCUAGAAUCGGUUGGCCUUCCUCUUGGUGUGGUGAAAGGCAUAGCGGGACAGACAAGAUUAAAGGUAACAGUGAGGGGCUCACAGGGACAUGCUGGAACUGUCCCUAUGUCUAUGCGGCAGGAUCCUAUGGCUGCUGCCGCUGAAUUAAUAAUGCUUCUGGAGAGUCUUUGUAAGCAUCCAGAUGAUUUUCUCUCUUACGAUGGUCACUGCAAAGGGGUUACAGCGGAAUCUCUUGUGGGAUCCCUUGUAUGUACUGUUGGAGAGAUAUCAUGCUGGCCAAGUGCAAGUAAUGUCAUUCCUGGAGAGACAAUCUUCACUGUUGACGUACGAGCAAUGGACAAUAUGGGACGGGAGGCUGUCAUAUAUGAAUUAUCUAACCGGAUGCAUCAAAUAUGUGACCGGCGCUCUGUUUCCUGCAUUAUUGAGCGUAAGCACGAUGCCAAUGCAGUGGCUUGUGAUACUGGAUUGAGUUCACAGCUGAAAUCUGCAGCUUAUACUGCAAUGACGAGAAUGGCGGGUGAGGUUUCAGAUGAUGUGCCGGUACUGAUGAGCGGAGCAGGACAUGACGCAAUGGCCAUGUCUCAUCUCACUAAGGUUGGAAUGUUGUUUGUUCGCUGCCGCGGAGGCAUUAGUCAUUCUCCAGCAGAGCAUGUAUCGGAUGAUGAUGUUUGGGCUGCUGGCUUGGCAAUUCUUUCAUUCCUAGAAACCCAAUUGUAAAUACAUUUUUCUUCUUUUUUGAACUAGUAGUGCUUUGUACAUGCUCAAAUCCAAAGCAAGCAAAACAGUGUUCUUUUUUUUUCUUUUCCCCCUGGUACUUAAUACAAUGUUCAACUAGAUGGAAUAAGAAGCAGGCCAUUUGACUGUAAA